CUUCACUUUCCAGGAUGUUUUCUGGGUAUGAUGGUGGUGAGAAUACCGACAUGUACGAAGAUGAACUUUAUCCCGAGGAGUCAUCCAGUGAGGAGAGUGUUGAUAGUGAGGUGGAGUUUCAGCUCUACAGCCAGAUCCACUAUUCCCAGAAUCUUGGAGAAGUCAGCACACUGGAAAUGGGUGAAGCAGCUGAUGCUGCAGAAGCCACGGGUCAUAGCUCAGGCCUAACUGAGAAACAGGAUGAAGAUGAGAAACCCACUAAAUUCACUGCUGGUGGCACUCAGCMUUCAGAUGAUCCUGAGAUCAUCGUUCUGUCCGACACAGAUGAGGACAGCUUCUACAAAAGCAAGGCAAAGAGGUCAGGAAGCUCUUCAGCUCGAGGUAAAACACGUGUCCACCUGGUAUCCUCCACCCCAAAGCACCCCAAAGCUGCUGGAGGGAAUGCCCUGUGUCCCCCUGGAUCAGGUGUGGGCCCACUGAGGCAGAGGAAGAACACGAGUGGCAGACCCAUCCCGGUGUGUGCUGCUGGAGCUGCUGCCAUCCACGACGUGCUGGUGAUAGGGGACAGCUCAGAGGAGGACAGCUUGGUCUCUGACGGUGACAACGUGGAGAGCUGGAUGCUKCUGGGAGCUGGUGCUGAUGACAGGGAUGGAGACAUCAUGCUGAACCUCGAGGGCUGUGCCACUCCUGCCAGCAAAGGUUGGUGCUUUUUCUUGCAUUGUUUUUUCUUGUAUGAGGGCUACAGUUUUUCUGCAAUGACACUGAUGUCAGUACUUGAAAAGAAAGACAAACAGAAAGCAAAGACGAGUCCAUGGCAGUGCAUGCAAAGUUGUGGUAAAUGA